CGGCACAAAUGCGUGCUUAAUUGGAUUACACACCUGUGGUGACUUGGCUGCAUCAACUUUGCGCCUCUUUGCGUCCAGCUCUUUCCUCUCAUCGUUGGUUUUCAUGCCCUGCUGUUUCCACAAAUUAGAAGUGAAGAACACAACUGCGUACGCUGAAAGUUUUGCUUCGUUUCCAUUGAGUGAGAAACUUAAAAAGACCGUGUCAAAGUACAAUGGGACAACCUUCCUCAGGAGGCCUUUAUUGCGAUUAGCAGCCCAAAUGUCUGCUCACAAGUGGGGCCACAUGACUGAACAAGAGCACAAGCAACAUUCCAUGCAUGUCCUUUGCCGAGCUGCUGUCCAACUGUUUGCCAUUGAUAAUCGCCUUCAGUUACUCAAAGUGAAAAGAAAGGCGUUGAGGAAAGGAGCGCUUAAAUUAAGCGAAGAUGAACUUGUGGAUGAUAUGAUGGCACGAUUUGAAUUGAAAGAUGCUGAAGGCAACACUUCUAAUAUGAGAGAAGCUGCUGAGGGUGUGAAAAGGAUUGUCCAUCAAAACUUGGGAAAUCUUCAGCUAAUAGAGCAGGGUCUGACCGCACUGCAGUGUUGUCUGCAAGAGCCGGCCGACUGCUUGAUGUUCUCCGACAUGCAGCAGUUCCUGACAGAGCACGAUUUGCACCUUAAUAGAGUGGAGCUGAUGUGGGACGAAACAUUAUCGCCACGCUCACAUGCCAUCAUCGCUACACGCAAUCACACAUCAUAAUGAGCUGUCAAAAUAAAAUUUACCUGUUGUAAAUUAUAUUUUGGAUAUCAAAUUACUUUUCCAAUAAAUUUCCCAGAAGGAAA